AUGGAUCCCAAUGCCAAUCAAGGCUGGGCAUCAGCUGGCGCAUAUCCAUCCGGAGCACAAGCCGCCCCCUCGACCCUGCAGGGGCUAAUGGGCAGCCAUGGCAGCAACCGGCAUCAGCAGCAGCAGCAGCCACACCAGCCACCAGCAAGAGCUUCCUCUUCCUCUCUCUCUCAUCUGCAGCAACAAAAUACCGAUCCACAACCACCCGUAGAACAGCACGACUUUGACUCUAUUUCGGCAGCAGACUUAGACGCUCUGCUCAAGCAGUACACUAGCGCUGGGCCUGGCGGCGUGAGUGCCCUAGAUGACAUGGUUAGCCCCUCGGUGAAUCAACAUCAGCGGCCCAGCGGCGGCAAUAGUGGCCUGGCAAACGACAAUAGCAGCUAUAGUAUUGGCAACGUAGAUGGUAUGCCCUUUGGCGCUUCUUUCCAAUCAGCACAGUCUUACGACGGCAGGCAAGCAGAACUCACUCCUCGUACGCAGAAUCGUGUCCUCUUUCAAGAUGAAGCCAAGAGGCAUGACGGCAGAGCUCAGGCUGAGAGCAGUGGCAGCGGAAGCGGCAGUACCGCACUCCUCGCCUCUGGCCUCACCAACCUCGAUUGGGACAAGAUUGGCAUACCAGAAGCUCUGCGGGACUCUCCUCUUCCUUCUGGCCCUCGGUCUCAGGCCCAACAACGGGGCUACACAAAUCCUUCAGACGCUGAGAUGAUGGUCAUGACAUCCAUGCCCGGUAUCCCGCACCGAAUCUCCCACUCCGAACUCAGUAGCGCCGGAGCUACAGCUGGAGGAGGCUCCAGCGUGGGCGGAAGCGUCAGUGGGAACGGAAGUGGUCGAUUCGGGGGAAGAAACUCCUGGGAUGGUACCUCUGGCUCGCCCAUGACGUAUAGCAAGAGUCACAUUGGACAGCCUUCGUUGGCGUCCAACAUGGCCAUGCAACAGGCGGACAUUCCACCUUCUGAGAGUGACGCUUCAGACGCAUCUGUAGGGUCUACAAAGCGACGCAGGAUGACCUUUUCGGGCGGUGACUCUAUGCAUGAAGGUGGCAGGGGAAGACCGGGGGGUCAUCAAAACAAGGGCUGGCCAGAGCAGACAGAUCUACCACUGGAGCAAGGGCAGGGGCAGCAACAGCAGUCAUACGGAGCAGGGCAACCGCUCGGAUCAACACUGUCAUCCUCGGCCGUCUACGAUCCUACCAUGGCAGCGACAAGUCCGACGUUUGCAAAUGCCUCCCAUCAUCAUGGUUCCGUGCGCAACCUCGAUUACGGAGGCUAUGGCGGUGGACCGUCCCACUAUACUCGAGCUGAGCCGAGCGGCAACAACAUUGUCAAUUCUAAAGACCUCGAGGCCAUGGCUACAGAAAGUCUGCAGAGGGCCAGUGCUCAGAAUCAGCGCACAACGGAUGGAGCUGGACACCUGACUGCUAUGCCUGCGGGAGGAAGCAAUGUCAUGCCUUACCCACAGCAGCAUGCUCAGUCAUUUGGUCACAAUCAUCAGUCGCAACCUUACUCCCAGCCCAUGCCUCACAACUCACCCUCGCGUCACCACAAUCAGCAUGCUCAGCCGCAAUUGGUCCGUCAGAGGUCUACCACCGCCCACGCAGCUCUGCCACACCGUCAUGACGCCUCCGGACCAGGUACAGAUUACGCACAGGGGGUCACAAUCCUCGGCACAGGAGGAGCAGCGCCUUCUCAUAGUACCAGCGGCGACGCAAGAGGUCACACCAUGCCUUCAGCUGCAUCCUUGAAUGCUCAGGGAGGUAACGCAGCCUCUCACCCUCCUGGACUUGGCUCGUCCAUCCUCAAGGGCCAAGAUCCGGCUUCUUCAGGUCAUGCGGCAGCGAACGACUUCACCCGUCGCAAAGGCUGGUCGAAUCGCGUGGUGGAUGAGCUCCUCGAUUUUGCCCACGUCUUGGACCUGACGGGGAAGAUCCUCUAUGCCACGACGGCUGUUCAGACUCUGACUGGCUGGAAGGUAGAGGAAUUGAUCGGAACGAACAUCUUUCAGAUCGUCCACCCACAAGACGCUCCUUUGCUGAAGAGGGAGCUCAACAGGGCUUUGCAGAAGGAGGGAGAGGAAAUCGUCCUCUACUACCGCCUGAAGCGAAACCCUCCAAAGACGGUUCGGGCAGCCAAGAACCGACGAGGCGUCGAGGCUGGAGAUAUGAAUACGAGCAAGGAGACUUCGGCUGCCGGAUCUGGGUCCAGUGCAGUCUCCUCUCCAACCGAAUCGUCCUUGCCAACCGACUCUAGUGGGAUCGAUGGCGCGGCAAAGAAGGUCAAGGAUAAUCCUGCUGCCGUAGGAGAGGUGGACCCGGACGCCGAAUGGAUUACUCUGGAGAUGACAGGUCAUGCUUAUUUCCCUCCCUUGAGCGUGGGGCAGGAAACGAAUGCCCCGAGCGGAGGUGAGGCUGAUGGUGAAGAGGAGAGCGAUGAUGGAAGCGAUGGUGAAACGCUGGAUGGCACUAAGCUCAAGCAGGAGAAUGGUGACGAGCCCGCCCCGGCAUCGAAAGCUGUCAAAGAGGACAGCGUUGGUCCUAUGUCACGCGAUCACAAGAGACGUCACAGCAAGGCUAGCUUACCAUUCGGCAGUCCACAGACGAAGACGUACAAGCUACCUCUUGCACGAUCGACCGAGGCUCAGUGCUUCUUCUGUUCCUGCAGAGCCUACCCUUCCAAGAGUGUCACGGUGCUAGACUCGUUCCUGGAGCUGAAGCUAGAGAAUGAAAAGCUGAGGCUGCAAUUGGAAGAGCUCAAUCUCACUGAAGCUGCGGCGGGCGAUGGUGGAAGAGGAGAUCACAACAGGGAUGAUGCCUCUGCGACGCCCAUGGGCUUUUCGACCGAGUCAGGAGUCUUUGAAGCCUUUGGGAUCUCACCGCCCAUGGAGGCCUCACCUGAUCUGCGCGGUGCUGACGAGGCAGGAUCUCAUCGCUCGCCCAGCGCCUCGCUACUAUCAGGCUUCGACAGGGGUGGACCAAGCGGCUCUUCUUCCGCCACUGCGCGUACGCACACUCAUCCACCAGCUAGUCCACACGGAGCAGGAGAGCUCUCUAGCCCUUCGAAGGGUGGCGCGUCUGGAUCUGCUUCGAGAGAAGGCGGCCCUGAUCCUCGUCCGCCUUACUACCGUUCCGGAUCUGCCAUUGACGCCAGCGGAGAGCAUGGCAGCAGUGGUGCGCCCGGAAGCUACAGGAACAAGAAGUCCAAGUCUACGAUGCCCUCUUCUGCAUCCUCGAUUACCGCUAUCAGAGGUACGCCGGUUCAGGAGAGUUCUUCAGGCGGAGGAGGUGGUAGUGCAGGUGGAUCCUCUCUACUGAGCAGCGCAGCAGCUACCGGAGAUGAGGAUCGCGUUUGCACCGAUUGCGGCAGGACCGAUUCGCCCGAAUGGCGCCGUGGACCCCUCGGACCAAAGACGCUGUGCAAUGCCUGUGGACUGCGUUAUGCCAAGAAGGUCAAGCGAAGGUCCCAGCCUUCACUGCAGAUCAAUCCUUCGACUGAAGUGGGACCGGAUGGAGAACCAUCAUACGCUGCUGAUGAGAGAGGGUCUAGAAUCGUCAUGUCCCCCACUUCUGCCAGCAGUGCGACACCUCAUCAUCAUCCUCACCAACUUCAUGGACAGGCGCAGAAUCAGGUUGCUUUUGGCAACACUUCUGUAGGAAUGGCCAAUGCUGGCCGAGGUCCUCCUGCGCAGCAGCAGCAGCAGCAGCAAGCGCAGAACUUCUACCCGACCAUGGGCUCGUACAAUCCCGCAGGGAUGCUCGUGGAUGACGGCAGUGGGUACGGAGGUGCCGGUUCCGGCGUGGGCGUCGCACAGAUGGGAGCCGGUUCGCCCCUCGAUAUGAGUACUGGUAUGGGAAUGGGCAUGUCCAGCGCAGGCUAUGGAGGUCAGAUGAUGUCCUCUACCUCGUCUUCUGCCGCUGCCGCUGGUGCGGGUGCCAUGCCGCCACCACCUCCUCAACAGCAACAACAACAACAGCAGCAGCAGAUGCAACAACAGCAACACAUCGUUCAUCAACAGCAACAGGUAGUUCAACAACAACAACAACAUUUGGCCCAACAGCAGUUGCAGAUGCAACAACAACAACAGCAGUUACAACAGCAGUUUCAGCAACAACAACAGCAGCAGCAGCAGAGGCAGAUGUAUGGACAUGGGCCGGGCAUGUGA